GCUCGGCCCGACGCGGGGUGCGCGGCCCCGCAGUCCCCGGCUCCCCCGCGCCGCCGCCCCAUAUGGACAUCGCCUCGGGCCCCGAGUCCUUGGAGAGGUGCUUCCCGCGCGGCCCGACGGACUGCGCCAAGAUGCUGGACGGCAUCAAGAUGGAAGAUCACCCGUUGCGCUCGGGUCCGGCCACGCUCGGAGUGUUACUGGGGUCGGAGUGCCCGCACCAGGCCGUGUGCGAAGGCUGCCAGAGGCCCAUCUCGGAUCGCUUUCUGAUGAGGGUGAACGAGUCCUCCUGGCACGAGGAGUGUUUGCAGUGCGCGGUGUGUCAGCAAGCCCUCACCACCAGCUGCUACUUCCGGGACCGAAAGCUCUACUGCAAACAGGACUACCAACAGCUUUUUGCUGCUAAGUGCAGUGGCUGCAUGGAAAAAAUUGCCCCAACAGAAUUCGUGAUGAGAGCCCUGGAGUGCGUUUACCACUUAAGCUGCUUCUGUUGCUGCGUUUGUGAGCGACAGCUGAGAAAAGGGGAUGAGUUUGUUCUCAAGGAAGGGCAGUUGCUCUGUAAAAGUGACUAUGAGAAAGAAAAGGACCUCUUGAGCUCCGUCAGCCCAGAUGAUUCCGACUCAGUUAAAAGUGAUGAUGAAGAUGGAGAUGUUAAGCCCACCAAAGGACAAGUAACACAAGGAAAAGGAAGUGAUGAUGGGAAGGACCCAAGGAGACCUAAACGACCGAGGACAAUACUCACUACACAGCAGAGACGAGCAUUCAAAGCAUCCUUUGAAGUGUCUUCCAAGCCCUGUAGGAAGGUCAGAGAAACUUUAGCAGCUGAAACAGGACUCAGUGUGCGGGUUGUCCAGGUUUGGUUUCAAAACCAAAGAGCAAAGAUGAAAAAACUAGCACGAAGGCACCAGCAGCAGCAGGAGCAACAAAACUCUCAGCGACUAGGGCAAGAAGUAAUGUCUAACCGAAUGGAAGGGAUGAUGACAUCUUACACACCACUUGCACCACCACAGCAGCAGAUUGUAGCAAUGGAUCAAAGCAGUUAUGGCACAGACCCUUUUCAGCAGGGUCUGACCCCUCCACAAAUGCCAGGCGACCACAUGAACCCUUAUGGAAACGACUCCAUUUUUCAUGAUAUCGACAGUGAUACCUCUUUAACUAGCUUGAGCGACUGUUUUCUUGCCUCUUCUGAAGUUAACUCCAUGCAGGCUAGGGUAGGAAACCCCAUUGACAGGCUGUACUCUAUGCAGAGCUCGUAUUUCGCCUCAUGAAAAUAAACGAAAACAAACAGCCGGCGUGUAUUUAGCCAGUGACUUUUUCCAGUGCAGACUCUACAGCCAUAUGUUGCCCAGCUCUUCCUUCACAGUGACUCCUGCUGCCUCUGGACUGCAAAGAGCAUUUUUAGGAAGACUGUAUUGGUGUGCAUAUAUGUAUGUAUGUACGUGCAUAUAUCUGUACCUACCUACCUACAUACAUACAUAUAUAAACAAAAACAUCUACCAGUCACAUAACCUUGAUUCUCAGCUUGCACCAGACCAAGAGAGAAGCAUGAGAGGAACAGAAGACUCUGCUCUUCAGCAGCCUUUGUUUUGGUUUGGUUUGAGCUCUUCGUUGUAAAGGAAAUGGAUUUUGCGGAAAGCUAGACCUUUUCCUCCUUUCUCUCUUCCUUUCUUUUGGAUGUUUAAAUUUUUUUAAGCCACUGAUACUGACAUCAGUCAACCAUAUGACAAAUAAAUCAAAGAAACUGGA